ACGUGGGCGGGCUAAGACAGGCGGUGGCUACCUUAACGAAGGGAGCUGAAGCUGUGUGUGAGCUGCCAGGCUAGGCCAGGAGGAUGUGAAUGAGGCCAGGGGCUCCUGGGCUGGGCAGGGACCAUGGGCUGUAGCUGCAGCUCAAACUCUGAAGAAGACUGGAUGGAAAACAUCGAUGUAUGUGAGAACUGCCAUUACCCCAUAGUCCCACUGGAUGGCAAGGCCACGCUGCCCAUCCGCAAUGGCUCUGAGGUGCGGGAUCCACUGGUCAUCUAUGAAGGCUCCAACCCCCCAGCCUCACCAUUGCAAGACAACCUGGUUAUCGCUCUGCACAGCUACGAGCCCUCUCACGAUGGAGAUUUGGGCUUCGAGAAGGGUGAACAGCUCCGUAUCCUGGAGCGGAACGGCGAAUGGUGGAAGGCACAGUCCCUGACCACCGGCCAGGAAGGUUUCAUCCCCUUCAACUUCGUGGCCAAAGCGAACAGCCUGGAGCCCGAACCCUGGUUCUUCAAGAACCUGAGCCGCAAGGACGCUGAGCGGCAGCUCCUGGCGCCCGGGAACACGCACGGCUCCUUCCUGAUCCGGGAGAGCGAGAGCACCGCGGGAUCGUUUUCACUGUCCGUUCGGGACUUCGACCAGAACCAGGGAGAGGUGGUGAAACAUUACAAAAUCCGUAACCUGGACCAAGGCGGCUUCUACAUCUCGCCCCGCAUCACUUUUCCUGGCCUGCACGAGCUGGUCCGCCAUUACACCAAUGCUUCGGACGGGCUGUGCACGCGGUUGAGUCGCCCCUGCCAGACCCAGAAGCCCCAGAAACCUUGGUGGGAGGACGAGUGGGAGGUUCCCAGGGAGACGCUGAAGCUGGUGGAGCGGCUGGGGGCUGGCCAGUUCGGGGAAGUGUGGAUGGGGUACUACAACGGGCACACUAAGGUGGCAGUCAAGAGCCUGAAGCAGGGAAGCAUGUCCCCCGACGCCUUCCUGGCGGAGGCCAACCUCAUGAAGCAGCUGCAACACCAGAGACUGGUCCGGCUCUACGCUGUGGUCACCCAGGAGCCCAUCUACAUCAUCACGGAAUACAUGGAGAACGGGAGCCUGGUAGAUUUCCUCAAGACACCCCCAGGCAUCAAGCUGACCAUCAACAAACUCCUGGACAUGGCAGCCCAAAUUGCAGAGGGCAUGGCAUUCAUUGAAGAGCGGAAUUACAUCCACCGUGACCUGAGGGCUGCCAACAUCCUCGUUUCUGACACCCUGAGCUGCAAGAUUGCAGACUUUGGCCUAGCACGCCUCAUCGUGGACAACGAGUACACAGCCAGGGAGGGAGCCAAGUUUCCCAUUAAGUGGACAGCACCAGAAGCCAUUAACUAUGGGACAUUCACCAUCAAGUCGGAUGUGUGGUCUUUUGGGAUCCUGCUGACGGAGAUUGUCACCCAUGGCCGCAUUCCUUACCCAGGGAUGACCAAUCCUGAGGUGAUUCAGAACCUAGAGCGAGGCUACCGCAUGGUGCGACCUGACAACUGUCCCGAGGAGCUGUACCACCUCAUGAUGCUUUGCUGGAAGGAGCGCCCAGAGGACCGGCCCACCUUCGACUACCUGCGCAGUGUGCUGGAGGACUUCUUCACGGCCACAGAGGGCCAGUACCAGCCUCAGCCCUGACACACCCAGCGGGCCGGGCCCAGAGCCCUCCCUCCAUCUAGCCCACCUGGCUGGGGGAGAUGCAGUUCUUGUGUCAUACUCGUCAUCCCCGUGUCGCCUAUGCACCUACGGACUCUGUGAAUCCCGCCGACGCGUGGCAGGGCCACUUCCUGUUGUCUUAUACAGGCUUCUGUAGCUGUGUGGGUUCUGCACAGGUGUCUUGUACGUGUGUGGCAUGGGUAUAUUAUGUCUUGGGCACCUGUUCAAGUUGUCCCUUUGUGGGCCCUUCUACUUCCCAAGGCAACCAGAGAGAAGAGGGACGCCUGUGAUUGACACUGGCUUCUGCCCACCCCCUUUCCCUUUCCCCUCCCAUCAAGAAGCUUCUUGAAGGCUGGGACCUUAUCUGAUACCUCUGUGUGCUCUCCUUGGAGCCUGGCACACAUUAGGAGCUCAAUAAAUGACUCUCUGUUGAUGAAGAUUA